AUGAACUCGGCUCCCCCCGCAGGCAGCGCCCUGGCGGCUCCAGCAGGCGGAGCUGGACCGACCACACCCAAAAAGGGCCCGCCCAAAUUCAAGCAGAGGCAGACCCGCACAUUCAAGAGCAAAGCCCCUAAACCCGGCCAGAAAGGGUUUGGUGACGACAUCCCUGGAAUGGAGGGCCUUGGCACAGACUUCACGGUUGUGUGCCCCUGGGAGGCCUUCGGGGACAUGGAGCUCAGCGAUCUGGCAAAAUAUGGCAUCAUUUAA